CAUUUUCAAGAUGGCAACCGUCGAGAUAUUUUCGCGGGUGGUAUUUGUGUUCUGAUAGCAUUCACGCAAUGCAAAGUGGGAAUUCGACACAUUGGUAUGGGAGAGGAUCACGACAUUACAGAGGUUCAUAUAGAGGAUGGAAUCCUUUUCAAGAAAGAUUUUCACAAAAAUAUUGGCAUAGACCUCUACCUAGAGAUCAACGUAGAUUUAACUUGGACUCAAGGAAUCGUUUAAGACAGCAAGAAUAUAUAGGCCAACCAGAUCCAAAACACAGAAAUUAUUUCUCACCACAGACUAGUUCAACUUUUAAUAGUGGUCCUUCAAGAGGAAAGAUAUUGAAAAAUAAAAGAUUUGUAUCUUACUACUAUACUUCAGAACCCAAAACAGAAGUUGAGAAGCUCGAAACAAACUUGGAGUCAACCAGUGAACAGAGAGAUUCAUCUGAAAAACAAGCACCUCAGAAAUCGAAAUGUAAAUUAUCUACAGUUGUUGUGGAAUCUUCAGAGAAUAUUCCAGUUGCAAACACUGAGGCUGGUACUAGUGGAAAUUUGGGAAUUUUUCUAGAAAGUUCAGAAAAUAAAGUUUCUGAAUCCAAAGAGAGAUUUCUGACUCAUAAAACUAAAAAGUCUGAAUGUUGUGUGACUGAAAAACCGGAGACACAAAAACAUAAUGACAGGGAACAACAGAACCAACGUUCUGUUGUAGACCAAAGCUCUUUCAGCGAGAAAGAUCAAAUAGCUAAACAGAAAAUAUUGAAAAUUAAAGAUAAAUCUUGCAAGUCUUCUGCCAGUUCUGAAGUUAAACUAAAAGCUGAUUUUGAUAUACUUUCCAAUAGUACAUUAAAAUUACAAGAAAUGAACCCAUCUGUAGAAAAGAAAGUUUCUCCUGGACUGAGCAAAGAAAAAACUUGUUUUGAUGAUCUUCCCAAAACAUCAAAAAAGAGUUUAGGUGGAAUGGGUGGUUCUAUUAGUAAAGAGAAAAUGUUAAGUGAAAAAACAUUCAGCCAUAUUAGCGGUGUCCCAAUGAAAGACAGUGUAAGUAAUGUAAAGAAAUCUACCUCUGAAUUACAGAAAGAACAUAUUAAAUCAUCCUGUGAAAAAGGAGAUUCCUGUAAAAAUUCACCAAAGGCACCAGUGACUAAUAUUUUUACUAAGUUAAAACAAGAGGGUAGAGCUAAAAUGAGUGCACCCUCUAAAGGGGAUCCUAUGCAGAAUCAAGCACUUUUAAAGUUGGCUGUUAGCAGGGAGACUACAAGCCCAGCGGCAAUGAUUCGGCAAGCGCCUCAUGAUAAGAGACCUAUAUCAGCUAGUCUACCCCUCUCUAAAAUGGCUGGUUUAAAAAAUAUCCUUAAUUCAUUCAUGAAAACUUCAAUCAGCCAAGUAUUAAGAACCAAAAUUGAUUCCCAGUCAGAAACCAGAUCCGAAAGCAGUGAUCAUUCCUCAACCCACUUAAGUGAGUCUUUAGAAAAAAGUGACUCAAAAGUAAAAAAUGAGACAAAAGACAAGGUUGCUGAAACUGUGGAAAAAACUGUAAAUACUGGGGAGACUCCUCAUGCCGAAAAUGAACAGAGAACUUCUGGUAACUCAAAAGAAGAAGAACACACUAGUGAAGAUCAUCCUGAUGAGAGUUGUGCAGACAGAAGUAGAAUAGAAUCCCUCAGUUCACCCCAAGCCAGACAACCAAUUAAAGCUAGAAAAACUUGUCCAAUUUCUUCAACUCCAAAAUCACCAGUUCCGCCAACUUCCUCACCGGUUCCUUCAACUCUUGGAGUUUUACAGAAUGCUGUAUUAACAAGACAACAAACAGUUUUGAAAGCAAUAACUGGGAAGAAGAAAAAAAAAUCGAGGCAUUUCAAGGGAGCUACCUAUGACUUGUACUUGAGUAAAAGAAAAAAGAAAAGCAAAGAGAGAUUAGGUGAAUUUUCCCAACAUAAGGAUGAUGCUUCUAGCAUAGCUGGUACAGAAACAACAGGUAGCUAUAUUGAUUCGGAAGAAGAAAGUAGUAGAGGAAGUGAAGAACUUAGAACUUCAUCAGAACUAUCUUUUCAAGAUGAUGAAUCUGAUUACAGUCGUUUGUCAUCUGGAAGAAAGAGUGCUGAGAUACCCACAAAUGAGAAUCGUGAUUAUGUUAAAACAGAAACACCCGUUUUUCAAAGUGAACAAAAACCUGAAGGGUUGAGUUUAGGAGACUCUCUAGAAAAACAAGACACUGAAGACAACUUGAUAGACAGUAAAAUCCAACAUCAGCAUGUAGGUGAAACUAGUAAAAAUGAGCAAAUGGAGGUUUCAGAUAGACCGUGCAGUCCUGUUACUUCACGCUGUCAUGAAGUAGAAAGAGUUGAAGAAAUGGAAGUGGACAACGAAGACUCCAUUCCUACCAAUGCUGACACUAAAGAAGAUGCUGCUGUCCUACCAACAGAAGAACCAGCUGUUCCUGAACCUUCAGACGUAGUGGUUGAUAAGAACGUUAAAAAGGCUGAAGAAGUUUCCAUAAUGAAGGAAGCUUCUGAUGAGAAUUUGAUGGCAACUUCUGAAACCAUUGAAAAUGGUUCUUAUGUCCCAAUGGAUACAAAAUCUUUUACUUCAAGUAUAGCAUCAAGUGUGAAAAGUAGACAGAGAGUAAAACGGCAUUUGUUAGAUGACCACGUUGACAUGGACUCCUUGAGCGUGUCGUCGUCCGUCUCCACAGGUUCGGACGUAUUUGGACAGAAGAAGGCCAAGAAAGCUUUUCGUGGCACCAUCGGUUCAGCGGUUGUUGUCCCAAGUCCUGCUGGUGAUGCAGGUCCUGGACUCUUGCCUCGUGUGGAGAUUGUGGUUGACAGCAAAUUUCCGUUGAUUUCAAGUUGCACGUGCCAGGGUACUCCUUUAGAUGCCAAAACCACUCAAACAGCUGAAGCCAAAAUCUAUUGCCAAGCUAUAGAUGCCAUCAGUGGCAGACUUGUCGGUUGCUGUAAUCCUGUUACUUCUCAUCAGCUUGUACGCCCUUCUGUAAAAAUACCUUUUACUGCCAUGUGUGAGGUUCACUUGUGGCGACUUGCCCACCACCAUUGUUGUCCCAGCUGUGGUGUCUUUUGUACUCAAGGUGACUUUGUACAGUGUGUUACAACUAACAAAGGGAAGCGUCAAAUACAUCUUUUUCACAAAAGAUGUAAAACAAUACAAGACAAUGGAGAGGACCCUCAGUGUCCACAUUGUGGACGAUCCUCGGGACUGAAGCCGAUUCGUCUCGAACUGAAUACUCCUACACCUCCAAUUUUCUACCUCAGUCAAAAGCCAUUGUUCACAGCACCCAAAGCGAAGAUGGCAUUUUCGAGACAGGUGGAAUCAAAACAGGAAGAGCAGGAAGAGACGGUUCCUUCAAGAUCGUUCCAGGUUCCAGAUACAGGAAAAGUUUUAUCGUCUGCUGGUUUACCUCUCGGGCCAGAUAGAACUCAGCUAGAGGCGCUACUGGUGGCUUUAGCUAGUGAUAAACUACAGAAUGUGAGAUAUACUGUCAAAAGUUUUUAUGCUCCAGCGAAAUCGGGGAACGUGGAGAAAAUUCUUCAGCUCAUUGCACUUGGUUUUGACCCCAACCACAAAUUUGAAGACCAUGACAAUGAGACUCCUCUUCAUGUAGCAGCCAGUUCUGGACAUUUAGUUGUUGUUCAUCUUUUACUUCAGGCAGGAGCUGUGCUUGAUCACCUGACCAACCAACUGUAUACCCCUCUGAUGUAUUCUGUGCAAGCUGGUCACACUUCAGUUGUCGAAUACUUGGUUAAGGCAGGAGCUCAGUUGGAUGCCAGAGGAGAAGAUGGAAUGACAGCUCUACAUCUGGCUGCUAGGUGUGGUAGUGUUGAAAUAUGCAAAGUGUUAUUGGACACGGGAAGAAUUAACGUUAAUAUUCAGGAUGACGGAGGAUGGACUCCAGUCAUCUGGGCCUCGGAACACAGCAAGCCGGUUGUUGUAAGACUGUUAUUGGAGCGAGGAGCAGAUCCUAACUUAAGAGAUAAUGAAGAAAAUGUAGCACUACACUGGUCAGCAUUUUCUGGAUGUUUGGAGAUUUCUCAGCUGUUUUUGGAUAUUGGUUGUGAUUUAGGAGCUGUAAAUGAACAUGGCGAUACACCCUUGCACAUUGCAUCUCGACAAGAUAAUUAUGAUUCUGUAGUCCUUUUUCUUGCACGAGGAGCAGAUGUUGAAGCUCAGAACAAAGAAAAUGAGCUACCUAUUGCC